AUGGCCGCUGAGACUAAGUCCGCUCCUCCCACGGAGUCCAAGGUGAAGCCCACCAAGCCGAACGAGGAGGCUUUCAAGGCCGAUCUCGCCCAGGCCGAGAAGGAACAUGCCGCUGUGCAGGAGAAAUUGACCCAAAUCAAGUCCAAGAUCGAAGCCGCCAAACCCAACAACCAGGACUCUCCCGCCGCAAAGAGACAGCAGGAACUCCGCGCUGAACUGUCCUCGAUCCGCCAGAAGCAGCAAGGAUUCAAGUCCUCUCGGUCCAGCACCCAGGAGAAGAUCAAUGCCAUCGACUCGACCCUGAAGGCCCGCAUCGCGGAGCAGAACAACUCCCGCGGCCGUAUGUCGUUCAAGAACGUCGACGAGAUCGACCGCGAGAUCGCCCGCCUGGAGAAGCAGGUCGACUCGGGGACGCUGCGCCUGGUGGACGAGCGCAAGGCGCUGUCGGACGUGUCCAACCUGCGCAAGCAGCGCAAGAACUUCGCUGGUCUGGAGGAGGCCCAGAAGGUGAUCGACGACCUCAAGGCCCAGAUCGCCGGCCUCAAGAAGACCCUCGACAACCCGGAAGCCAAGGCCCUCAGCGACAAGUACUCCGAGAUCCAGAAGGAACUGGACGCCAUCAAGGCCGAGCAGGACGGCGCGUUCAAGAACCUGAACGCCCUGCGCGACGAGCGCACGAAGCUGCACGGCGAACAGCAGAAGAAGUGGUCGGCCAUCCGCGAGAUCAAGGACACCUACUACAAGAACCGCAAGGCGUACAAGGAGUACGAGGACGAGGCCUGGCGUGUGCGCCGCGAGAAGCAGAAGGCCCAGCGCGAUGCCUUUGAGCGCGAGAAGAAGAAGAAGGUCGCCGACAAGAAGCUGGAGGAGGCCUCGCGCCUGGCCUUCACCGACGAGAUCCUCACCGCUCAGGGUCUGAUCCGCCACUUCAACCCGUCGUACGACUUCGCCGCGCUGGGUCUGGAUGACAAGAAGGACGAGGGAUCCAACUUCCGCGCCGAGGUGGGCCGCACGGUGGACGACUCGAACCUCAAGGGCAUGAAGGUGCUCAAGAAGGACGACCGCGAGGAGGACUACUUCGUCGGUGGCGGCGGCAAGAAGGGCAAGAAGGGUAAGAAGGGCACGGGCUCUGCCUCCUCCGCUGCCGCGGCCACGAACGCCGCCGUGCCUGCCGACAAGUUCAACAUGAACGUGGGUGUGAUCGAGGACUUUGCCAAGGUCAAGAUCGACCCUCCCAUGAACCAGAGCGACGUUCCGGCCGCGAUCGAGAAGCUUGCCGCCAAGAUCACGGAAUGGAAGAGCAGCCAGGCCGAGAAGACCCAGGAGAACAUCAAGAAGGCUCAGGACGAGAUCGACCGUCUGGAAGAGGAGUCGACCGCGGCCGAGGCCAAUGGACGGGCCACCGACGCGGCCAAGAAGCCGGCGCAGGAGAACAGCGGCGUCAACGGCACCGUGUCGGCGACGGCGGAACUGAAGCAGGAGAAGGACGCGGCGGCCGACGUGUCCGAGGAACUGCAGAAAGCCUCGAUCGAGGAGAAGGCAUAG